CAGAAAUGAUCUGAAGGCACCUGUACUCCUGAAAAGCAUCUGUACUACACUACUGAAUAUAACCUGAUUUCCAUUGGUUGUGCAUCAGAGGGAUUUGUUCUAUAUCAGGAUGCAGACUAUUGCAGCGCUUAUUUUCAUUUUAACUGUUCAAGUUGCCCUCGGACAGGAACACAGAGUAGCGUUUAAAGGACUGAAAUAUCCAUUGGAUAUGGAACUGAAGUCUGUUGAUGACCAAUAUGAGGGAUGUACAGCGAACAUGGCACACCUCGUGGAGACAGAAUUUCUAGAGAAAGAAAUCUCGGAGGAUUCGACUUUUGCAACAGUUUGGAAAGACGGUGUAAGAAAGGCCAAAGCACCUGAAGACAACUUGACACAGAACCAUUCAAUCGCCAUUUAUGUGUACACUAGUAACAGAGUAUAUAGUGAUUUCAACAAUGCUGUUCGUAGUGAUAAACAGGAAUACAAAGACAUGACAUACGGAUGGUAUUCACUUCACUUUUUGUUGACAGACACGAUACAGAUUCUGAAGAAAAGACAAAAGAAAUGCCAAAAUACUUUUCGUGGUGCUUAUGUUGAAUAUAAUAAGGGUGUUCUGAACAAAGAGGUUCGUUUUGGCUCAUUUGCAUCCUCUUCUCUCAGUCAAACUGUAGCAAAGAAAUUUGGAGAUAAAUCUUGUUUUGAAAUUGAAACUUGUGAAGGUGCUGAACUGACAAAAUAUUCUGUCUUUCCUGGAGAGAAAGAGGUGCUGAUUCCUCCAUAUGAGAAUUUUAAAGUCACUGAUAUCAAGAAAGGUUCCUGGUGUGACACUGUGUAUGUGCUGAAAAGUUCUGGAAGGAGAAGUGAUCUGAACUGUGCUGUGGCAUCAGAAUUAUGUGACCUCAGGGUUAAAAACUCUGUAAAACGAAGUGACCUCAUUUGUCCUGUGGGAUCAGUCGAGUCCCAGAUACAUCACCGAUGUCAAUAUUUCUGGCUCGCAAGCAUUUACAUCUUCUUUCAUUACUUUGGUUUCUUUUAA